AUGUCAGAGGAAGACGAGAAGAAAUGCACACCUCGCCCUAUUGUCCCGCAUAUCCCAGAAUGUGAGCCGAUCCAUGAAUUCGAUGACUUCGUCGCCUUCCUCAAUCGGAAGUGCUCUGGACCUCAAAGCAACGCGCUCUCACACAUCCCUGAGAAUGCCAAUAGCGACAGCAGCGACUCUGGGACCGUUGAAACUGCCGACCACAGCUCAUUCAGUCUGGAGCAGCGGGGUGUAGACGAGCCGUACCAUCCCUCCCUGAAGCCAAUCUAUGACGACUGCAAUGUCUUGGGAGGACCCGGAAAAACACACAAUGAUUCGGGGUCGGGCAGGGUCGAUGAACUCUCGUCCCAGCCUAAUACUAUCGACAAUGAUUUACUUGAUGAGAUCUUCGACACGGACGGCGUGGUCCCAGUCGCUGACGACGACGACCUCCCCCGCCGACCCCAGGUGACCGCCGCUCCUGAGGCAACGCAAGCUGCUUGGCCCAUCGAAGGGUUUCCUUGGGUAGACCUGGAGCCGUUCUUCCAGGAGUGCGAGCAUGCUGAUGGCUUCGAUUCUCUAGAAGAUUGCGUGUACGAAAAGAUGAGGGAGGAUGUGUGCUCCAGCAACCCCGGAGACGAAUCAUGCCAGGUCCCUCGGGCGACCUUGAUCAAUGAACGCGACUUGCCUCUCUACACCAAGGCCGCCGCCCUCAGAUAUUGA